AUGGACAAGGAGUCCAGUGUGUUCGGGUCAGCAAUAGGUCUGGGGCAACCGAUGAAUCGGCGUGCUCUCGACGUGACACCGCCGAGGGCUCCUUCUCCACAUAUGUCGCCGGGGACGUACUUCGGGAUGAACCAACCGGGGUAUGCAAGGGCGGCUGAGAACGUCGAGAGGGCACAGGCGCCGCAGCCGGGGUUACCACAACACUUUGUGCCACCUCCAGUGUACCAGCAGGCGCAGAUACCGCAGCACGUCCCGUCGUAUGCGAGAGUGCCGGACGCUAGACAGCGCAAGCUGAACAUCCGUCAUUUCGAUGGAAAAGAGCUUUACCAGGGGCUAGGGAGCGGUUUUCUAUCCUGGGGGAAGAAGUUUGUACGGGAAGUCUCUUUUGCUGAGCGUGCGAGCGGAUUUCCGUGGAGUGAGGAUGUCAAGAUAGACGUCCUUGGACACAAUCUCACGGGAAUGGCUGAGCGGUACUAUAAUCGCCAAGUUGAAGGGUGGUGGCAAGAAGAGCCAACAUUGGAACACGCCAUGCAAAGGCUGCUUCAUACAUUCGCAACUAAGAUAACGCCAGCGCAAAGUAUGAAGCUAUUUACUGCUGCCAAGAGCCCCAAGCGCAGCUGGACAGAACACUAUUUGUAUUUGGUCGCAGUAAGCGAGGCAUGCGGUGGAGCAGACAACUUGGUCCAAGACAACAUAGUCCACUACGCUGAUCCGGCAAUGAGAUCGACGGAGAUCGAGCUGCGCGGAAAGCACAUUGGAAAGGACGUCGUCAACAACGUUCGACAUGUGCGCGAAAAGACACGAAACGGGCGUAAGGACAAUCGCAAGUGCUACAGCUGUGGGAAAUCUGGACACAUAAAAGCUGCGUGCCCGGGGAACAAGGUCUCAAGAGAAGCAAGCGUCGACGUGGACUUCGUGCUCGCAGUGGGCAACCCGAGCGCUAACCACGGCUAUUGGAUACUGGACAGUGGCUCGAGUCGUCACCUGGUAAACGAUGUGAGCAUGCUCGAGAACCCAGAGGACUGCCAAAGCGAGUGUAUCGCAGCUGACGGAGGGCCCUUGCGCAUAACGAAGCGAGGAAGCGUCACAAUCACGACCACUGUAAUUGGCAAGGUCACUAAAGUGCGACUCCUGGACGUGCAAUAUGCCGAGAACCUCGAAAGGAACAUUAUAUCCUACGGUAUAUUGGAGGCUAAAGGGUUUGGGAUAGCCUACAUGGGUGAUCGCAGGGUCGUCGGCAACAUUGACAGUGGGGUGGUUGUCUUUGACGUGGAGAAGAAGAACAACGUGCUAAUAGUGCGGGACCACGAUCGCGGAAGUGUUCAGCUACCAUCGGACAUACUAAUGACGGCUUUAGCGCAAGGAGAAUUCGAAGUGAGUCAAGACGUGCAACGGGGCACGCUUAUGCACUUUGACAGAAGGUUGGCUCACCUGAAUUAUGACACGAUCCUUCGCAUGGCAAAGGAUCCAGCCUCAGGGAUACAGCUGACCGAUGAAACGCGUGAGAACUGUCUAGCUUGCGCUCAAGGUAAACAGACCAAGAACCGGCAGUCGAGAAAAGACACUGGCACGAAUGCGCCGAUUGAUGUUAUCAGAGGAGUCAUCUGCUCUGACCUGAAGGGUCCUAUGACUCCUCGCGACAGAUUGGGAAAUCGUUACAUGGUUAAUUUUGUGGAUCAUCGCACGAACUACUGCAGAGUUUUCCUGGCGAAGAGCAAAGACGUGGCGGCCCAAAAUUUUAAACACUUCAUGGCAUUUUUCGAGAGGCAAUUUAAUUGUCGCAUUCACGUGCUGCGAACGGACGGCGGAGGAGAAUAUCGUACUCUGGACCUCUUUUGCAAGGAAACAGGAAUUGCGAGGCAAAUUAGUGAGCCAAGCAACCAAGCCAGUAAUGGGAAGGCCGAGAGGAUGCAUCGCACCAUUAUGAAUAUGGUGCGUAGCAUGGUGUUUGCGUGCGGACUGCCGCUGAGCUUCUGGGGGGACGCGGCGGAGUAUGCGGCCUACAUACUGAAUCGAAGCCCAAGUAAAGCCAACGCUGGUCGCCUAUCACCUCUACAGAUGUUGACCAAGAAGGUACCUGUUUUAAGUGAUAUUGUGGUUUUUGGGUCACCGUGCACUGUGCACCAGGACGCGAAGAUUAAGUCACUAGGAGCUCGUGGCAAGCAAGGCGUGAUCAUAGGCAAGAGCGAUGUAGUGAAAGGGUACCGUGUGUACAUUCCAAGGGACAAGGUCGUGGUCGUACCUCAACAUGUUAAGAACGUUGAAACCCUUACGAAGGAACAAAACGAUCAACUACGGCGCGUGCAUCUGAAGGAGAUUGAUGAAGUUGCGUGCGAUGGCUCGACGCAGAAAGAGAAGACGCAAGCGAGUGUUCAUGAUGCGAUGAGAAGAAACCACUCGAAAGUUGGUGGCUGGACGCGAGAGGCGCAUAUGACGAGGGCGACUUCGAGAAAGUCACGCGAAGACAAUGCAGAACAAAAAGAGGAGGAGGUUUCGGAUGUGGUGAAUGUCAUUCGUGAGAGCGACCCACAAUCCUACGGUCAGGCUAUGAAGAGCGGCUUAAAAGAUAAGUGGGUGGCAGCAAUGGAUGAGGAGCUGCGAGCUUUGGAAGACAACGAUGUGUGGAAGGUGGAAGUGCCGCCCAAGGGAAGCCAUGUCCUACACACCAAAUGGGUGUUCAAAACCAAGUUGAACGCAGAGGGAGAGAUCGAUCGUUUCAAAGCGAGGCUUGUGGCAUGCGGGAACGAGCAGGUCUACGGUGUCGACUACGGGUUGACGUUUGCUGCGGUGAUGGAAUUGAGCACGGUGAAGGUCAUACUGGCGAACAAAGAGGAACACUUGGAGAUUUUUCUUGCCAUACCUCAAGGCAUGACUGUACCUAAUGUGAUUUUGAAGCAAUUUGGAACACAAGGCAGCGACAAACUGGCGCUCAGGCUUAAAAAGUCGCUUUACGGCCUUAAACAGGCGGGUCGUCUUUGGAGCAAAUUGCUGGACACGAAACUGGUCGAGGCUGGUUUUAGUCGAUGCAUGUCUGACGCAUGUCUGUACUUCAGACACGACGGAGGCGAGCUGACAAUUGUCGGGGUAUAUGUUGAUGAUUUGUUGGUGACAGCGACAAGUCAGGACAAGGUGGAAGAAUUCUUUAAAGCGAUGAGUGUCCUUUCUAUUAAGGAUUUGGGUCAAGUUAACAAGUUCCUGGGCAUAAGGAUGGCUCUAAAGGACUCGAAGACUUACACUGUCGAUCAGACUACGGCGAUCGAUGAGAUGCUAAAUCAACAUGGUCUGGAUGCAGCAAAUGGCGUGAGGGCGCCCAUCGGUGACGACAGCAACGACGAUGCGUCAGAAGGUGUGUACCUGUCGGCAAAUCGGGGCAAGAAAGGCGAGCCUACUGUCCGAAACUUUCAGUCUUUAGUGGGUAGCCUUCUAUGGAUUGCCCGGUGUUCAAGGCCUGACAUUAGCUUCGCGGUUCACAGAGCCACAAGACGUACGCACCAGCCCACUGUCAGCGACUGGAAGCUGGAAAAACGCGUCGCGAGAUACCUGAAGACAACAAAAGACAUGAAACUCAAGAUGAGCCUCGAAGAUGAGAAAGAUGUUAUCACGGUGACAUGUUGGAGUGACUCAGACUUUGCGGCAGAUAAGUCCGACCGCAAGUCAAUAACCGGUGGAGUACUUACGGUGAGUGGAGUCAUUGUGCAUUGGAUCUGCAAAAAGCAGACCGGAGUAUCCUUGUCUACCAUGGAGGCCGAGUUUACCUCGGCGUCGCACGUUGGACGAGAGCUGCUGGGAUUGCGAGAAUUGCUGAAGGAGAUUGGACUUCCUGUGACGGAGCCAAUGAGCAUGCUAAUGGACAAUCAAGCAGCAAUCAAGAUGUUAGAGUCUGAAGGAAGCAUGGCGAGUGCGAAGCACGUGGAUGUGCGGAUGAAAUUCAUCUGCGAUUAUGCUAAAAAGGGUAUCGUCAAACCUGAAUUCGUCGAGUCGAAGUUGAUGAAAGCAGACCUGUUGACGAAGACACUGCCGGCGCCAAGGGUCGCGGAGCUACGCGAAUUGUUUAACCUUGUUUGA